UCUGUUUGUCAUAUCUUUUUACCUGAUUUAAUCAGACUUUAUACACACACAUAUACAUAUAUAUAUCUAUAUAUAUAUACAUGUAAUUAUUAUGUUAAGUUUAAUAAGUUAGAAAGAAUACAUAGAAUCUGUGUAUGUAAUGAGACGGCGUUCACCGGUGAAUAUAUCAUCAGAUCAAAUGGAAAAAGGAAAUAAUAAUAAAUCACAAAAAUCUCGUGUUUGUGUGUUAGGUUUUCUCUGUGUGUUAUUUUGGGGAUUUUUAUUAUAUUUUCAUUUUAUUAUAAUUGGUGGUAGAUCUCUUCAACUUAAUAGCUCUGUUUCGUAUGAUUCCGUAACUCCGGAAGCUAUUCCGGUUGUUCGUCGUCCCAUCGAGACUAGUUUGCCUGUAGUUGAACAGCCCGAUACUGAUAAGCCCGAACCGGAUCGUCCGGUUGAACAUAGUAAUGACAUGAAUAAGGUAUUUGGUGAUAAAUUAGAUAAUGUAGUUGAACCUACACUAGAUCAAGUUGAUAAGACGGAUGUAGAUAGGACGGAAGUUGAUAAAACGGACGUAGAUAGGAGGGAAGUUGAGCGUUUUCCGUUUAUGAAGGCAAUGAGGACGGUAGAGAAUAAGAGUGAUCCGUGUGGAGGGAGAUAUGUUUAUGUACAUGAUCUUCCUUCUAGGUUUAAUGAGGAUAUGCUUAAGCAAUGUAGGAGUUUAAGUAAAUGGACGAAUAUGUGUAAGUUCACGACGAAUGCUGGACUUGGACCGCCAUUGGAGAAUACUGAAGGGGUGUUUUCGGAUAAUGGAUGGUAUGCAACGAAUCAGUUUGCGGUGGAUGUUAUUUUUAGUAAUAGGAUGAAGCAGUAUGAGUGUUUGACUAAUGAUUCUUCGCUUGCUGCGGCUAUAUUUGUGCCUUUUUAUGCGGGGUUUGAUAUUGCUCGGUAUCUUUGGGGGUAUAAUAUAUCUAUGAGGGAUGCUGCGUCUCUUGAUCUUGUUGAUUGGUUGCAGAAGAGACCCGAGUGGGGGAUAAUGGGAGGCAAGGAUCAUUUUCUUGUUGCGGGUAGGAUCACGUGGGAUUUUAGGAGAUUGAGUGAAGAGGAAACGGAUUGGGGGAGUAAGCUUUUGUUUCUGCCGGCUGCUAAAAACAUGUCCAUGCUUGUGGUGGAAUCUAGUCCGUGGAAUGCGAAUGAUUUUGCCAUUCCUUAUCCUACUUAUUUUCAUCCGUCAAAGGAUGCUGAGGUGUUUGCGUGGCAGGAUCGGAUGAUGAACUUAGAUAGGAAAUGGCUGUUCUGUUUUGCUGGGGCACCUCGUCCUGAUAAUCCGAAAUCAAUUAGGGGUCAGCUUAUUGAUCAGUGCAAAAGUUCAAGUGUUGGAAAGCUUUUAGAAUGUGAUCUUGGUGAGAGCAAGUGUCAUUCCCCUAGUAGUAUAAUGCAGAUGUUCCAGAGCUCAGUUUUCUGUCUUCAACCACAAGGUGAUUCAUAUACAAGAAGAUCAGCGUUUGACUCAAUGUUGGCUGGUUGCAUUCCGGUCUUUUUUCAUCCUGGUUCUGCGUACACACAAUAUACAUGGCAUCUCCCAAAAAAUUACACAAUGUAUUCUGUGUUUAUCCCAGAGGAUGAUCUUCGUAAGAAGAAUAUAAGUUUAGAAGAACGACUAGGUCAAAUCCCGCCGGAACAGGUCAAGAAGAUGAGAGAGGAGGUCAUAAAUUUGAUCCCAAGGCUGAUAUAUGCAGACCCUCGUUCAAAACUACACUCUCACAAAGAUGCAUUUGAUGUAUCUGUUCAAGCAAUUAUCAACAAGGUGACAAGAUUGAGGAAAGACAUCAUUGAAGGUCGCACUGAUGAAGAUUUCAUUGAAGAAUUAAGUUGGAAGUAUGCUUUAUUAGAUGAAGGCGAGUAUGUGGGCGUUCAUGAAUGGGAUCCCUUUUUCUCUAAACCAAAACCGAAUGAUGGAAACAAUGAUCCAGAUGGUUCUGCAGCAGCAGAAGCAGCAAAGAAUUCUUGGAAAAACGAGCAAAGAGACCACUCAUGACCAACUUCCACUGCGUUGAGCAGCACAAAAAUGUGACGGAGGUACGUUGGUUUAAAAAUUUAAAUGUCGUUGAUACAUGAUACUCAUAUUAGAGUUUACUAUGUAGUUUGUUGUCUGCCCAUUCAGUGCUUGAAGCAGGAAGCAGAGAAACCAUAAUUUUGCUACUAAUAUAUAGUUUUUUAUUGUCUGAUUUUUGAUUCUUUGUAAUGAUAUUCAUAUACACAUUCUGUUACACGAACUCUCGAUUCUCUUACAUAUCACUUAAACAAGAAUGCCAAAGUAAAAAGGUUUACUUUUUUUAA